UCUCGCUCUCACACACACACACACACACACACACACACACACACAGCGUCGUUCUGGACUCGGGGAAUCGGGCCUUGCUACCCAGAGAGUCUUUUAAUUGGAAGGGUCUAUUUGGAAAUCUGUCUUUCCCCAAAGUUGCUAUCAAAGCAAGUCCAGCAUCACAGCCAGUGCCCCCUACUGCCCUAUAGAGAAGGAAGAUGAGCGAGUCCAGCUCAAAGUCCAGCCAGCCUCUGGCCUCCAAGCAGGAGAAGGACGGGACUGAGAAGCGAGGCCGGGGUAGGCCACGCAAGCAGCCUCCGGUGAGUCCUGGGACGGCGCUGGUAGGGAGUCAGAAGGAGCCCAGUGAAGUGCCAACACCGAAGAGACCUCGGGGCCGACCAAAGGGAAGCAAAAACAAGGGCGCUGCCAAGACACGGAAAGCUACCACAGCUCCAGGGAGGAAACCAAGGGGCAGACCCAAGAAACUGGAGAAGGAGGAAGAGGAGGGCAUCUCCCAGGAGUCCUCGGAGGAGGAGCAGUGACCACGCGCAGUGCCGCCUGCUCCUUGGCCAUCAAAGGAGCAGCUUUCCCUUGGGCCUGGAAGCCCGGCUCCCAGGCCCCUCCCCACCCCCACCGCACACUACCGCACCAGCUGCAGGCUCUGCCCAGCUGCAGGCUCUGCGACUGCCGCACCCACGGGAGCAGGAUUUGGCUCAGCCCAUGUGCCCUCCCCAACACACCUGCCCUCUCCCGACAAGGCUAACUUCCUCUUAGCCGCAGCCUGUCCUGCUGCGCACCUCCCUUAGAGACAGUGCUCUCUGGGCUCCUUGUUUUGCCUGUCCCUUCUGCUCUGCUCUUCCUGGCUUCCUUGUAGAGAGAGGGAGGGUCCCGGGAGCAUUCCCUGGCCUUAAAGGGCCCCAGCCCCAUCUGACAAGCCCCGUUGACUGGACUAGCAGCAGGUGUGGUCAGCGCCGGGAUGCUUAGGUCCCAGCACGCCCGCCCCCACCAAACUCACCAGGUGGGUUUCUCAGCCACUUCUGCCCCACCUUACCUAGACUCUGCAGCACUAGGUUGGCUACAGGAAGUAGGGCAUGGUGGCUCCACCCACCAUGUUCUCACCUGGGACCCAAUGCAGCGACAGAUGGGAGUCACCACCCAUCUCCAGGGUGAUGUCCCCGUGAGGCAGAUGGGGCGCCAACUCACCUCCCCCACUCGGACUCUAGGCUGUUCCCCUUCCUCCAGAGGGGCACUAAGGAGCUAGCCUUGCCCCCCUCCUUUUGCUCCUCCCUGCCCCCACCCCCAAGGUUCUGGUUCAUCUUUUCCUCUGUUCACAAACUACCUCUGGACAGUUGUGUUGUUUUUUUGUUGUUCAAUGUUCAUUCUUAGAUACCCACCAUUGCUGCUGCUACCAGCGCCAAGAGUUCAUCCUCCCUUUCUGCCUGCAUUCUCCCCAGACACUCUAGGGGAAAGGGGGGCUGGGGCGCAGCAGGCUGGUUACCAACCACCCCAGGGAAGAUGGGGCCCUGCCCCUUGGAUGCUGCAGCAGAGUGAGGAGGUGGGCCCAUUUUGAUGGGAAAAGGGUGUAGGUCCACCUCCCCCCCUUGUUCUGUGGGGGAGGGGUGGCCAGUAUUUGUCCCGGCCUGGGGCUCCCCCUCUGGUUUCCUAUUUGCAGUUACUUGAAUAAAAAAGCCUUUUCUGGA